AUGUAUAACCUGAAAUUGGAUAAGUUCCACGGUCAUGAGGGGCCCGAGGGAGCCGAGCGUUGGUUAGAACAUAUUGAGAAGACUUUCCGAGAGCUUCGUAGUUUAACUCCAGCCGAGAGGACCGACUGGAAUGUUUUCAUUAGGUUAUUCAAGAGGAGGUUUGUACCCCCAGAGUACAUUGAUCACAAGAAGCAGGAGUUCACUGAUUUGAGACAACGGAAGAUGACGGCUAAUGAAUACUAUCGCAAGUUCACUGAUCUGUCCCGUUAUCAUCCUGAUAUUAAUAGUAAUCCAGCCGAGAUGCUUCGCCUUUUCCGUGUAGGCACUAAGAAGAGAUGGCGUUCGAUGGCGACCACUACACCCUGUGAGUCCUACCAGGAAUUCUACGAGAUACUGUUGAGAAUUGAGGACUCUGAGAACAUGUCGAGCGACAGUGAUGAAGAAGAAAAGGACGGCAAACAGAAGAAAGAUGACAAGGGAAAAGGUCAAACGUCGCUUGGGCCUCGUCAGACUCAGAACUUCAAGAAGGGUGGUACUAGUUCGAGUUCGUCUAGUGGUAGUUUUAGUGCCUCUGGACAGGGACGAGGAAAUAGGUUUGCUGGAAGAGCUCGAGGCCAAAGACAAGGUGAUGGUGGCCGAAGCCGAGUCCCAUUUUGCCGUAGGUGUAAUACCCAACAUUUCGGCGAGUGUAGGUAUGGCAACAGUGGGUGUUUCACGUGUGGACAGGUGGGACAUAGAGCUGUGAAUUGUCCCCAGGGUCAGCAGCAGAGGCCGUAG